GAGCGAGCAGCGUCAGUUGCGAUCAGACAUGGAACAUGGCGAAAGGGUGCGCGUCGUUCUUGAGUGGACAGUCACAUCAGUUAACGAGAUCUUUAGAAAGAAUACUAGAAGAUGCUCACGUUAGUGGAGAGCUGAAGCUAAGCGGGAGGAAGUUGAAGGAUUUUCCCAAGACCGGCGGCAAAUAUGACCUCAGCGAUACAGUUACCGCAGAUCUAUCAAAGAACCGGUUCUGGGAUCUUCCUAUUGAAGUCACUGAAUUCACAUCGCUGGAAAGGCUAGAACUAUACCACAAUACUAUUCGUUCUAUCCCUGAAAAUGUGGUGUACCUGCAGUCGCUCGUUCACUUGGACCUCAGUCGCAACCAACUCAACGUCCUUCCAAGUGCAGUUUGCACGCUGCCCCUUCAAGUCUUGCUUCUUGGAAACAACAAAUUAGUCAACCUACCUGAGGACAUUGGUCGCCUUCAAGAUCUGACACUCUUGGAUGUCUCAUGCAACCUGCUCAGUACUCUUCCUCCUCAAAUUGGAGAACUAGCGGAGCUUCGAGACUUAAAUGCUAGUAAUAAUGUGCUGUGCGAAGUACCUUUAGAACUGACAUACUUGAGGUUGGAGAGGUUGGACAUUAGUGGAAACCGUAUUUCUAGCUUACCUGUUGAAUUGCGGUCUAUGACAACUUUAGUGUAUCUGAAUCUUAACCAUAACCCUUUGACAUCACCUCCUGCAAAGCUCUGUGCAAGGGGGCGUGUGCAUGUAUUUAAGUACCUGGAAACUCAAGCAUUAUCCAAUGUUAAUAAACAUCGUAAUGAUGAGUGGAGGCGGACACACAGAAAAUUAUCGGACCCUCGUGGAAACCUUAGACACAAUAAACGCUAUACAGUUGACAGCGGCUACAGCACAUCAGAUAAUUGGUCUCAAGAAGUUCUUACAGGGGUCUGGGAUGGUUUACAUGAACAGAUUGGAGAGGAGCGGCUGGGCAAGCGCUCACCGCUUAUGACACGGCAAAUCAACGGCAAUGGAACCGUCCCUAGAACAAGUGCUAAUGGUAGUGGGAGUGGGAGCGCUUCAUCCACUCCGUCUACAGGCAGUCCCAGUGAAGUAACGGAAGAAGAUGUAACCAAAGAACCGUUGGAGAAAAAGCGAUUGGAGCGAUCACAGUCAGAUAGAAGUGAUGCACGAAGAUUUGAGAAGUCAAACACCUCCAAAUUUAGUCCGGAUUCCCCCUCUGAAGCCCCUGUAAAUGGCAAUGGACUAGUAGAAGAAAAAAGACCCUUGGAGCACAUUCAAACUUACAGAGAGUACAAAGAAGCUCUCCGGAACCAACGUGCCCAAGAAGGAGCCAGUGUGUAUAAGCCUCGAGUGUCUGGUGAACUUACUCCACCCAGUCCAGACGGAGCACCUUUAUCUCUGCAACCAUCACCAGUCCACAAUGGCCAUUCUAAAGAUGAAUCAGCUGUGGAUUCUCCGAAUGGUAGUGUACUCUCUCCAUCUCAAGUGGAUGGGGUGCCUAACAUCAGUAAGAAGCCAGUGCAGAAAGUUCCACCAUCUCGAAACUUAAACUUUCCAUCUGCUCUCUCCAAUGGUAAUAGUGUUAAUGCCAAUAAUAGUACAAGCAAUGGUGGUGGGGACUCUCCCGUGAACAGCUACACGAAACCUGUGUCACCCACUUCAAGUGUUGGUGUUGUAAAUGGUGUACCAAACUCUAAUAUAUCUCCUGGGAGAAGCAUCCCAAGGCUAGUAACCACAUCAGUUGGUUAUGUGUCUCCUGCUCCAAAUCGCAAUAAAGCAGGAGGAAGAAGUGUGCGAUGGGGUCGUGAUGUUCCACCUGACAAGUUAAGCUUCACCAUGAGGAGGGAAUUUGAGAAAGCCAAGGAAGAGGCUGAAUUGAUCAAACAAUUACGGACUCAAAUUGAAGCCCGGCUCAAAAUGGUUCUCCCAGAAGACAUGGCUCCUGCUCUAGCUGACGGAGUGGUUCUGUGCCAUCUUGCUAACCAUGUCAGACCUCGAUCUGUUGCAAGCAUUCAUGUGCCGUCACCUGCUGUGCCUAAGCUUACCAUGGCCCGCUGCAGAAGAAAUGUAGAUAACUUUUUGGACGCUUGUCGGAAGAUUGGUGUUGAGGAGGAGGUGUUGUGCAGUAGCGAGGGGGUAGUGCUGGGGAGUGAGGAGGGGUUGUAUUCUCUGGCACUCACCGUGCUUCGCCUGCUCGACAUUGCCACAAGCGACUCCAAUGGCCCCAGUGAUGAAGACACCUGCUCUGAGGAUGACAUUUUAAAUGACAAGAGUGUUAAAGAGGAAACUGUCUCCAGUAUCCAUCCUCCACUGCCUAGGCAUCCUCAUGACAAAGCAAUUUCUACAUUUUGUGCUAUAUUAUUUAUAACAACUGUUGUUCUUCUUUAUUUUUUCCCACCCCCAAGUUAAUCCUCUGAAAGUCUUGUCUGAAAAGUAGUCAUGGAGAGGAAGUGCAUACCACUGCAACUCAAAUGUAGCACGCAAUACAUGUGGUUCUGCUUCAUAAAAAUAUUUCAAAUUUUAAGCAUAUUCAGGAUUUUAUUAACAAGGAAAGACAUGCAGAUACAAAGUUUGUUAUGGCAAAGCUGCAUAUUUAUUUAUUGAGGCAAUCAAGAGGAUUGAUUUUUUUGCUGUAGUUAUUGAGAUCACAACCUGAUAUUUUUUAGAAAUGAUAGAAUAUUUUUUAUCUUGGCGGUGGUGGUUUGGGUUGGUAUGGGCAAAUGUUAUUAUUAUUGCCUUCUUUUAUCUUAGCUGUUUUUAAUUAUUUGAGAACUUUGACUCGAUCUGUGUGAUAAAAAAUUAUCUUUGUGUAUUCAGAUAUAUUUUAUUAUUUGCCUUAUUUAUGUAAGGUCUUAAAUCUACAAGUAUUGAGCUUAUGUAUUAUUCGAUUGACAGUUAUGUUAAGAGCCUAAAUUAAUUGUGAUAUAUAUAUCAGGAUAGCUUGUGUGCAACAAUAUGACAGAUCAGUGUAUGUGCUUCCAUUCAAAUGGUUUUAGUUUUAGUGCUGCCAGCAAAUUGGAAGAGAACCACAUAUGACUGACAAGUGAAAUGGCUUUUUUAUCCUACUAAUUCCAAAGUUUUUCCUUUAGCUUUAUUUUGACCACUGGAUGUACUUAACUUGAUGCACAACACUUUGUUAGUGUCAGAAUUGUAUUCUUUAUGUAAAUUCUUUGUGCCUCAUUUCAGUAGUGCUAAGUUUAAUGUGUGAUGUAGAUUAGAAUUUUACUAUUUAUUGUAAUGAUUCAUGGUGUUAUUUUUGGGUUUGGGUAACAGAGUAAUCAAAAAAUGACUGUAACCCAUAGCAGGGGCACACCUGCACAGUCCAUACGACCAAAUGCUACUGCAGCAUUUACUCUUGCCUCUCAUUUUGUAGCAUACUAUGCUGCUAUCCUUGCUUCUUGACAAAACAACACAUUUUGUGUUCCCCUUUCCUGUAUAUCAAAAAGAAGUUCUACAAGAUCUAAGAUUUCUCUGUUCCAUGUAGGCAGUGUCUGCAUUAGAAUCCAGACAUGACAAGAUACUCAUUAUUUUUGUUGUCUUCCAUUAUUUAAAUGUUCUUAUUGUUUGGCUUAUGGCAGUUUUAUGCAUUCAUUUUUGCAGCCUUUUGUUCUUUGGCUGCCCUAGUCAAAUAUUAAGUUUCCCCCUCCCUAUAUAUCUAGUCCCUACCUUAGGUCUUAUUGUAUUGUAUUUCAUUAAGUAUGGAACUCAUGAUUAUGAUGUACAAAGCAUUUCCCACUUUGUUGGGAUCUAGCAGACUAGUGUUUGUGCGUAAAUGCACUAAAUGCAGUAGUAAAAUUUUUUGCGAGUUUUCUAGAAGACUUGUUUACGACAUUUAGUAAUAAAAGAAAAAUUCUGUUGUUAGAAUGACAUCCUUCAGUAGUUGAUUGUUUUCAGCAAUCAACUAUUCUUUAAAUUCAGCAUUGUGGUCUGGUUCCAAGGAAAAGAACUGUAGUUUUUUGCACAAGCAUCAUUUGUGAUUCCAAUGACAUGGUCUUUGGCAGCAUGUGUCAGUAGAGGCAUAAUUUUGUGUCUUUUUCAUUCCUCCUAACACUUCCAGUAUCUAAUUUUAGUUGUAGAUAGCCACAGCUCCAUCCUAUUUUUGACUUUGUCAAUGUUACCUCUUAUUUAUUGUGUAAAGUUAUCAUAGCUUUCAUGUCCCAACCUGGUACUUGAUGUUCAUCACUAGAGGACGUCCUUAUACUGCUGUCGGCUUCAAAUUUUCCUGUCAUUUGUUCGAACAAUUCACGGGCAGUAACCCUGCUACACCUAUCUUAUUGUGAUGAUAGUUAACUGAUACAGUAUGUAUUGAAAGAGAAAUUCCCCUAUAUUUGACACAUUUGAGCUCUAUUUUGAUUUGGCACCCAGGAAAACUGGUGUACUUGUUUGCCCAUAGUGUCUAGUGUAUCAUAUUGGUGUACCCCUAUUUUCUUAAUAUAUAGAAGGUCAAUUGUUGUAUUUUCUUCACUUAUUAUUUUGAGCAUUCCUGAACUUUGCAUUGACUGUCUUUUUGCAAUGCGCACAUAAUUGUUGUAAAUUUAAAAGACUGCGUUAGGUACGAGGUAUUACUCAUUGUUGUGCCUUUUUGACACCAAUGUUUACAAUAUGCUGAAUGUUUUAAAGGUUUUUGUUUUGUUGAUUUCAGUCUUAAAGUGUCCAAACUUGAUCAUUAGUGUUUAAAAAGAAUAAAUUGCAUAUUCUAAUUAACCACUAACAAAAGUGGCGUUUUGCAUGCCCUGGUCUCAGAAUGAACUUUCCAGUAGUGCUCUAUCGCACAGGCUCUUCCAUUUACUAUUUAAAAUGAUAUGUGCUGUGUGCACCAAACAGAAAAGCAAGUAAUAGUUAAAAAUUGAUUCCUGGUUGAUACUUGGUUAUCCUUGUGCCAUAAAUGUGAUAAAAGGAACUCUGCAUUGGAUGUGAUUGUACCUAACUUGAACUGGGAUACCUUGUACCAGCUUUUAGGCCUGAAAUAUUUCUUUUCCUCUUUUCCUCCUUUAAUGUGUUCUGGUACCUCACAGUUACUACUUACGACUACUUACGAUUGUCCUUUUUUUCUACAUAUGGCCUGAAUCCCAAAACCUGCAAUUAAUUUUGGUUUUGUUAGACAUUUAGGCCUAGGUUUUGAAUUUUAGUGCUGCUUUUGUCGUGUGAUUAUGACUGAUUGUGUAAGAACCAAAUUUGCAGGCUGGUUCUGCUGAAACUAGCCAAUACCUGAUGCAGCUUCUUGUUUCCUUAUUUGUUGGUUUUUGUUUAGGUACCUAUUUUGUUUGUGUUAUGUUAAACUACCAGCACUGUAUUUCUUUUCAAGGAGCCUUUUCUUAUUUAACAGUUCAAGUAUUGUAGGAUACGUAUAUUGAAUUCAGUGAAAUCAGUCAGCAAGAUUCAUUUAAAUUUAAUUUCCUCAUGAGGUCUUGUUUUUUAUCAAUGUUGAAAAUAUGUUUCCAUUUCUUGCAUGCCGUUUGUUGCUAGAAAUAUUUUCAUCUUUGGUGUUCUCUACUUAAUGUUAAGCAACUAGAAUACUUGUUCAAAAUACAAAUGGAUGUAAGUGCACUUUAUAGGUUUAAAAAGACAAUGAAAAUAAAGGAGGCUUAUGCAAGA